AUGUCCUUCAUUCUCAACAACGUUGCAAUCAUCGGUGGUGGCGGAAACGUUGGCAAGAUAGUCUUGAAUGCUCUUGUUUCAUCGGGGAAAUUUAACAUCACUGCCAUCCAGCGACUCGAAAGUGAGGCAACCUUCCCACCGGGUGUCACGGCAAUCAAGUCGGACUUUUCCGACUCAAGCCUCGAGCAAGCCUUCAAAGGCCAAGAUGCUGUCAUCUCCACCGUGGGGGCCACUGGCCUCACUGAGCAGCAAAAGUUUGUUGACGCCGCUCUGCGUGCUGGGGUCAAGCGAUUCAUUCCAUCUGAGCUGUCAGCCAGCAGCACAGACGAGGCUGUGAUCAGCCUGCUGCCGCUUUUCGGAGUGAAGAAGAACCUCAUCGACUACCUCAAGAGCAAGGAGUCUGAAGGACUUUCAUGGACAGGGAUUGCCACGUCAGGCUUACUUGACUGGGGCCUUUCGAAUGGCUUCUUGGAGUAUGAUCUUCAAAACCACACUGCUGUUAUCUGGGAUGGUGGAGACAAGAUAUUCUCCGCCACUAAUGAGAAGGCUCUUGGACAGUCCGUCGUUUCCGUACUGCUGGGCCCACAGGUCACCGCAAACAAGUACCUACACGUCGCGUCAGUUGAGACCUCCCAGAACGAAAUCCUGUCUGCCUUGAAGAAAGAGACUGGUGCCAAGUGGACGGUCUCUCAUGUGGAGACCGAUGAAGUGGUUAGCGCGGCCCAAAAGAAACUUGCUGCUGGUGAUUUCACAGGGGCAUUUACCCUGGUCCGUGCCAUGAUGGUUGGAGAUAUUCCUGGUCUCAAGGCAAACUAUAUUCAGGAGACGGAUCUUGCAAAUGAUUUGCUAGGAUUGAAGUUCGAGACAGUGAAGGAAACCGUCAAGAGAGUUGUCUCACAGUAG